AUGUCAGCCAAGGUGCGAGCGCCGGUGCGACCUGGGCUGCUGAGUGGGGAGGUGUGCGUGCUGAACCCUGCUUCUCAGCUUCUGCCGUUCUCACUGCAACUGAAGAUCCAGAAUGUCCCUGGCUUCCUGUGUUUCUGCAACAACGCUUGCCAACAGCUGAGCAUGGGCGGGGGUAUAAAAUUCUCAAUCAGGAGGUACCUGCAGUGCACAGAAAAACAUCCCCCGCUCCUCCAGCUGAGCUUUCAAGCGUGCGAUCUCCUGCUGGAACUCCCUCAGCAGGGCGUCUUUGGGGUCCUCGUUAAUCCGAGCGUGGCCAGGGAUUCGUCGAAGUUCUUGUGCGAGGGCCCCACCGUCGCUAUCAUGACGGUCUUGGCGUUCCCCCCCAGAGAGUCCUGGAGCAGGCGGGUCAGCUUGGAGUCCCUGUACGGGACGUGGGUGCUCUUCCCGUCGGCCAGGGCCGAAAUGACGUUCCCCAGGGCCGAGAGGGACAGGUUGAUUUUGGCGGCUUCUUUCAGGCGCUUGCCUUUGGCGCCCGUCUUGCUCUGGCGCUCGCUGCCGGCCAGGUCAACCAUGUUCAGCUUCCCGACGCGGAUGUGGUCCUCGCCAUCUGGACCAGUUUGGCUGCACUCCACCGUGACCAGGAAGAUGGCGUGGGAGCGGGAGCUGCGCUCGUUCAUGUUGGUGAACCCCACGGACCUGGACUGGUUGCCGAUGUUCAUCACGUGCUCAAUCUCAGUGGCGUUCUUCGUCACCACCGUGGACAGAGAAGGUCUCUUAUUUCCUCCUGGUAUAUCUCCAGGCAAAUAUAGUGCCGUUGAAGCCCUGGAGCACAGAAUCCACCAGAGGUCUCACCGCAUCGUCCCAUACACCGAAUCAAACGUGAAGACUUUCAUGGGCUCAUCAGGUGGUGCCUUCGGGUUCCUGAUGGUGAUCUGUCCCAACCUGUCAUCCAGCUCCAGGAUAUUUUCGCACCUCGUCAUCUCCUCCCUCCUGCUGAUCGGCCGGCAGCGGACCACCACCCUCACCGCCUCGCUACCCUCGAUUUCAUACGGUGACAGCAGCAAAAACAUCCUUUCCGAUCAGCGCGGCCUCUCCUCCGCCCUCAACAUCCUUUCAGAGAGGUGGAGCGAUGCGAUGGGAUGCGAUGGGAUGCUGGCUGACGAGACAACAGUCAUCCAGGCCGACCGAGCCCACGCAGCGCCCCCCAGGUACACACCCUGCUCUGCGGACAAUGGGAAGCAGACAUGUGACCUGCGCGACGAAUGA